CGGUUACCUGAACCCUUUGCACCACUUCGAGCAUACAACAUGGCACAGGGGCAAGCUACACCAGAAACGGCGGAACAGUUCGCCUUGAGGAUGAUAAACGUGGUUUCCUCCGGAUUUGUGUCCCUGGGGAUCGCCAUAGGAGCCCGUACGGGUCUGAUCGCGCAACUCGCCGAAAUGGAAGGUCCGGAGACAUCCGUGCAGAUAGCAGAGAAGGCCAACAUGAAGGAGAGGUAUGUCCGUGAGUGGCUGGCCGUCAUGGCGACCGCUCGGAUUGUUGACUACGACAAGGAGCAGGGGACGUACUUCUUUCCCAAGCACAGGGCUGAAAUCCUGUUACCGGACGCGGCAAUGGCGAGUAUGGGAAACUGGGCUGAGUUCGUCAAGCUGGUAGCCAUGGCAGCCGAUGACGUGGCCGAUUGUUUCAAGAAAGAUGGGCCAAAGGGUGUGCCAUAUUCAGCCUACCCCGACUUUCACGGCUGGAUGGCCGGCAUCAGGGUGCAUCAACACAAGCACCUUGUGGGCAAGUUUUUGCCGACGAUCCCUGGACUCAUUGAAGCACUUGAAUCUGGCAUCAAGGUUCUUGAUGCUGGUUGCGGCAGAGGCAUCGCUGCUCUAAUCCUGGCCGAAAAUUUCCCCAAAAGCACCUUUUUCGGCACCGACAUCAGCGAGGAGGCCAUCCAAUGGGCUGGCGCUAAAAGCAAAGAGCGCGGAUUGGCUAACGUCACUUUCCAGGUGCAGGACGUGGCCAAGAUGCCCGCUGAUUGGUCAGAUUCCUUUGAUUACGUUCUCGUGUGGGAUGUGAUCCACGACCAGGCAGACCCGGAGAUGGCCCUGCGGGAAAUCUACCGCAUGGUCAAGCCGGGAGGCCGCUUCUCUAUGUGCGACAUCAAGGCGCGUUCUGGCCUGGCAGACAACAUGGGGAACCCCGUCGCUCCCCUGUUGUACGGCGUCAGCCUGCUCCACUGCAUGCCGGUGUCUCUGUAUUUCGACGGGAAGGGUCUCGGCACCGUGUGGGGGCAGGAGUCGCAGGAACAGAUGCUUCAGGAGGCGGGGUUUACUAACAUACAGGCCCUGGAUGUUCCCGAAAGUCCGGUCGAGAUUCACUUCCUGUGCAACAAGCCCUGAAGUAAAAGUUUAGGGUCAACGUUUAACUUUAACUGCCCCGUAUUUCGGGCCCAUUAUUAUUCCCAUCAUUUGUUUUAUAACUUAAUUCACUUAAAAAGGUUGUGGGUUUUGGUGAAACAAUACCUUAUUUGCUAAUAUUUGGUGCCUAUUGUUUACGUGGUUGUUGCUAAGUUUUGUUUACUUUGUUGCUAAGUUUCACUUUGUUGUUGUUAGCGUGAUAAAUAUGUUAUCUUUCGUUUAUUGUUGUAUUUUAACUGACGGAUAAAUGUCAAAGAUAGCACUUCAGUUAUCUAUUACAUGUUACAUCACAAAUAUUGCAUACUCCUUAAAAUAAUGCACUAACAAACGAUUAAAUCGUGUGCCUUCUGUAUAAGAGCAUAGGUAAAAUAUUAUAUUAUUAGUGGAUUCUAGAAAAGAUUUAAGGUUUUUAUGACAUUAUAUGAAUACCAUUCUAUGUUUAAGAACCUCCUUGUGCUAUACAAUGUUUAUGCACUAGAUGAAAUUAUGAUCCCUACAUGGUUCAAUACAAAAUGACAUCUGGAAAACUGCUCAUAUGCUGGAAGAGACGUUGUGUAAUGUCUCACUGCUUUUCCAUGAAAUCUAAUAAAGUUAUCC